AUGUGGAGAGCAGGCAUGGCCGCCGGGGACGGGCUGGGCCCGGCGCUGCGGGCCGUCACCGAGCAGGUGCAGCAAGCGGCGGCGCGGAGGCCGAAGGGGCUCCCGGCCGUGCAGCCGCGGCUGGUGGCCGUCAGCAAGACGAAGCCGGCAGAGAUGGUGAUCGAUGCCUACAGCCACGGGCAGCGCAGCUUCGGGGAGAACUACGUUCAAGAGUUGCUAGAAAAGGCAUCAGACUCCAGAAUUCUGUCCUCUUGUCCAGAGAUCAAGUGGCAUUUUAUUGGCCAUCUGCAGAAAAGCAAUGUCAACAAGUUGAUUGCUGUCCCUAACCUGUUCAUGUUGGAAACAGUGGAUUCUGUGAAGCUGGCAGACAGGGUCAACAGCUCAUGGCAGAAAAAAGGCUGCUCUGAGAAGCUGAAGGUGAUGGUGCAAGUAAACACAAGUGGAGAGGACAGUAAGCAUGGCCUUGCUCCAGGAGACACCACAGCUGCUGUGGAGCAUGUCAUCACCAAGUGUCCCAGCCUGGAGUUCGUGGGGCUGAUGACCAUUGGCAGCAUUGGGCAUGACCUCAGCAAGGGCCCAAAUCCUGACUUCCAGAUGCUGCUGGCUCUGCGCCAGGAGGUGUGUGAGAAGCUCAACCUGCCUCUUGAGAAGGUGGAGCUGAGCAUGGGCAUGUCCACAGACUUCCAGCAUGCAAUAGAGGUUGGAUCCACAAAUGUCAGGAUUGGAAGCACCAUCUUUGGAGAGAGAGAUUAUUCCAACAAAGCAGUUGGUGGGAAGUCCCCUGUGGAACCCAAAGGUGAAACAGAGACCUUGGCAGUGCAGGGUCAGUAGGUGGAGGAAAACAAAAACACAAAGCAGCAGCUUUGAUGGAGGACAGAUGAUGGGAGACCUCACUCUGCAUUCUCACCUCCCUCUGUGUCAGCAUCUUGUGGUGAUGGUGAGAGGGAAUUCCUCAGAGCAGAGGCCAGAAAGGCCUCAUCAUGCAGUGUGAUGAUAGAGUACCCACAGGGACUGGGAACUGCCAUGGGAACUGGGAACUGCCAUGGGAACUGGGAACUUCCAUAGCCACCCAAUGAUAAGCAGAUGUCUGCUUGUGGCAUCUGGGCUCCUUCAGGGCCACUGAGGAAGUGACUUUGGGGGAACUGGGUGGAACAAACCAAGGCUGUGUCAGGCUGGAGUUGCUGAUGAGGAAGAUGUGUCUGCAGCAGUGGUGAUGGUUCCACUGAGGACUUAAGUUCUUCACUACACAACUUAGAAUCUUGCCAUCAGUGUUUCCCCAAAUAAAUCUUGCACCUGGCCUCUGCUGGGGGAUGCCAGAAGCUGUGACAGAGAUGUGCUGUGACACUGGAGGGGCUGUGUCCACUGACACAGAGCACACAAGGAUGGAGGAGGAGUGUGGUAGCCACCAGGAUGAGCUCAUGGUGCAGUGUUUCGGAUGCAGGUCCGAAGUGUGGCAGUGUCCCUUGGGCUGAAGUUUGUAUUUGUCCUUUCCAAGCUGGCACAGCUCACUUCUGCUGUUGGUUCCAUGUCUCCUCAGCUCUUCUGGGAUCCCUUCAAGCUUCCCCCUCCCCACUUGUAAAGAGUUUUGGGGUGUUAUUUGCCACCCUGCCUAGCAGUUGAGCAGAUUGUGAGUUCUUCUGGGUCACAAAGGGGCUUCUCUGUGAGGUUCCUGCUCUACCAUCAGCUUGCUCUUGCUUCCCAAAGCACAUCACUGAAGUGUGUGGUGCCUCCACCAUCCCAUCCCCACCUGUGUGAGGACCACACUGCUCAUCUCACAUGGCUGCAGGGAGGUUUGCUGGAGGCCCUUCAGGGAAAGCACUUCAGAAGGUCGAGUGUCAUCCUUCCGUGGUCUUCUAGGCUCCCCAAAACAAAACCUGUCACCACUGACAGAGCUUCUGGGCUGUGUCUUGAUAUCUUCAGUGCUGCUCUAGCCCUCACUUCUCCUGCAGGAGGGCACCAGGACUCUCCCUGCUGUGAGCAUCCCAUGCAGGUGAGAGCAAAGCCUCCUGCAGUGUGGCCAAGCAGUAGCUCCAGCAGGUAGCUCCCAACAAGUCUUCUCUUGUGUUCAAACUCCCAUCCUUGGGCUUUGGCCUGCUGCUGGGAGGAGGAGUCAUGGAUUGCCAGCAGAAACAUCCUCCCCAGGCUUAUCUGUGUGUGUGUGUGGUCAAACCUAGCUGUUGGUUUUAACUCUCUUUGACUUCUAAAUGCUGAAUGUAAACGAAAAGAGUUGACACUGCCUCCCCCCUCUCAUAGCUCCAUGCUUUAGAAGCAUGGUGCAGGCUGAGCCCCCCUCAGCCUCUGCACCUUGUGUUGGUUCCUAGUCUAUUCAUAUUAAAAAAAAAAAAGUGAGUUCUCAUGCCAUCUGUGCCAACUCCAAAGCUAUUAAAGAUGUUAUUUUUAUG